AAUGCAGCAAUUGUAUCAACUCCUCCUUUCAUAAUAAGAAAAUCUCACUGAAAUAACUUAUUCUGUUGUAUAUAGAAAUUAAUACGGAUUAUAUGGAUUGGAUAAUAAAUUCACUAACUCAACUUAAAUAUCCAAUCAUAAUUCCAUUAAAUGUAUGGCUGUCUCAAAAUAUAGUAUUGUGGUAUUUAAUAUAUAUUAAAAUGUAGUCUGGAGGAGAAUUUGGAAUUGAACAUUGGGGAAAUAAAAACUUUAAUAUUCAAUUGAGAGUUUAAUCAAUAUCAUUCUCUCCAGAUUAUGAAUAUAUAAUAAUAUUAUCAGCAAAAGAGACCUACUUAUUGUCAACAAAAACAUAAAAUUUUGUUAAGACAUUUCCUCAUGAAGUGAAAUUUGAUUCAACAGGAUCUCUUUGUUUUUGUAAAGGAAUAGUUUAUGAAACAGCAACUUUUUAAUAGCUAAAAUAAUUUAAAUGCCCAGAGUAUGGAGACUUUACUAUUUCAAUUUAAAGGGAUUCAUUAUAUUUAUCAUCUGUUACAUUAAUAAAACAUUUAGAAGACUUAAAAGAUUGUCGACUUAUUAUUGAUAAUUAUGAUACAAAUAAACAUUUCGAACAUUCAAUUCCUCCCUCGAAUGAAGUUAAAUAGUUAUGGUCAGAUGAUGGAAAAAUAUUAUUAAUUUGGUCAUAAACAUUAGAUGAUCACACAAAUUAGAGUUAUUUUGGUACUCAUCAUUUAAAUCAUUGGACAGAAGAUAAAUUAUAAAAUAUAGAAUUAUUUGAAGGACCUAUUCAUGAUGUAUAAUGGGUUUAGAAUGGAUUUAUAGUUAUAACUGGAUAUAUGCCAGCAGGUGCAAUUCUAUUUAAUAAAUCAGGAGAAAAAGAAUAUUUAAUAUUAUAAGCUCAUAUAAAUACAAUUUUUCCUAAGAAUAAUUUAGUAGCUCUGUGUGGCUUUGGUAAUCUGACUGGAGAUAUAUAUAUUUAUGAAAUGGAUACCCUCAAAAAGGUAGGUUAAACUAAAUAAGACAAAGUAGUAUAAUUUGAAUGGAGUCCAAAUGGAGAAUAUUUUUUAUUAGCUACAACAUUUCCAAGAUUGAGAGUUGAUAACUAAUUUAUAAUAUGUUCUAAAUUUGGUGAAUUUUUACAUAGAGAAAAGUUUGAAGAAUUAUAUGAAAUUAAAUGGGUUAAUGAUACUAAUUUAGAUAUUGAAAUCAAUAUAGUAGAGGAAGUAAAAUAAUCAAAACAAAUUAAUCUUACAACUGGAGUUGGUAUUUUAAUUUAAUAUAAUAUAUAGAUUUUAUUAAAUAAAUGAAAGAAACUAAGGUUAAUGAUCAACCUAGGAAAUUAUAGAAAGAUGAAAAAUUAUCUACAUUAAGAGCUUCUCCUUAAAAUUAAUAAAAUGUUUAAAUAAUCUAAAGUAAUGUACCUCCUAAAACAGCACCUUAGAAACAAAUAUUUAUGAGAAGAUAAGAACCUAUUAUUUAAUAGCCUACAGCUGAAGAAUUAGAAUAAUAACAUUAGCAACACUUACAAUAAUAAUAAUAGAUGAAAUUAGAAAAAAAAUAAAAAUAAAAACAUAACAAAUAGAUGAAUAAUCAAAAUCAUAAAUAAAAAUAAAAGUAAGUUCCUCCAAAUGACUUUUAAUAUGAGCCAAAUCAAGAUAUAGGAUAAAAUUGUUAUCCUAUAUGGCAGGAUUGA